AUGUUUUUGGAGUGGAUGAACGUGCAUCUGAACUCACAAGACUACUGGGACGGACGGGCGAUUGGCUUCUACAACAAGAUGGAGGUGGUCAUGGACCUCGAAUCACUCGUGGAGAGGGGGCCUUACAAGCUGGAGGAUUUGACGGCGCUGCGACACCCAGACCCGGCCUUGGUGACCCAGCAGGAGAUCAAGUACCCUCGCCUCCAGCUCAUGGGAAGCUGGAAGAAGAUACGUGUGAAGGGCAUCGCCCCUCGUCAGGGGGUUGCGAGUUUCGUCUGGAACAAUGCGCUCCCGGGACCCUGGUACCAUGACUUCCACUACAUAGACCUUGGCAAGGACUCCGAGGCAGGCUGGCGCGCCCUUCCCGCCUACCCCGUCUCCCCCGAGCGUAGCUCGCGGCGGCUGCCCAACUUUCAGAUGGAGGUCGACCCCCCAAACGCGCGGGCGUACUUCCUCCACGGCCGCUCGACGCUCGACGUCUUCGACCUGCGCACAGACACGUGGUCGCAGGUGAAAACGAAGAUGGCGCUCGGCUCGGGCCUGUGGCCGCUCGAGUCGAGCUACAACGACUUCUGCAUUGUCCUCGUCCGCAGAAUGCUCUUCGUCUUCGGCGGGACGACGGACUGGGUGCUCGGGAGUCGGUGGGAACAUGCUCCUCGCGCUCGACCUUGA